UGCCAUCUCAUCUCUCCUUUUUUUUUUUUUUCAACUCUUAUAUAGAGUUGCUUCUCUUUCCCCAAGUGUUUGUUUCAGAACCGCAAAACUCUUCUUCAAAAUCCGAAAUCUUUGUUUGAAAUCUCAAUUCUUGAGAGAUUUUUUCUUUUAACAAAUACUACAAAAUAUUCGAGUUUUUUUUUAAAAUAUAUAUAUUUCAUCCGUAGAUUUACCCUGAUCUAUAGGGAAUAUCCGAUCAUCUUCUUAUCUAUUUGGUUUAUUUUCUUCUUUAUUCUUUUUGUAGAUAAGAUCAAUGAAACUCAUUCUCUCUUUUCACCAAUAUUCUCGGGACAUGAUUAUCCACGAGUCACAAGAAAGAGUAUGAUCUUUGUUUACCGCAUGGGUUUAUAAACCUAAAUCCAAGAUCAGUCUCCUACUUCACUUCUUGCAUAACUUGAGAUCUCUUUCUCUCUUUUUUCUUUGCUCUUUUUUUUUUCUCUCUCUCUCUCUCUCUCUCUAACUCUCUCUGUUCUAUGGAGUUUGUAACAGAAACGUUAGGCAAGAGAGUCCAUGAUCCAUACGUGGAGGAAUCAAGGUGCAUAUUGAUCCCCGGACCAAUCAUUGUCGGUUCCGGACCGUCGGGACUGGCCACGGCGGCUUGUUUGAAGUCGAGAGGCGUCUCUAGUUUGAUACUAGAACGUUCCACUUGCAUAGCAUCAUUAUGGCAGCUGAAAACAUAUGAUCGUCUCCGGCUUCAUCUCCCUAAACAUUUCUGUGAGCUUCCAUUGAUGCCUUUCCCUUCAAGCUACCCUACUUACCCUACAAAGCAACAGUUUGUUCAAUAUCUUGAGUCCUACGCGGAACAUUUUGGCCUAAAGCCAGUUUUUAACCAGACCGUGGAAGAGGCGAAGUUAGAUAGGCGGUGUGGGUUAUGGAGGGUGAGGACUGUUGGAGGAACAAAGGAGGAGGAAACUGAGUAUGUUUCGCGGUGGCUUGUUGUGGCGACUGGGGAGAAUGCUGAGGAGGUGAUGCCGGAGAUUGAUGGAAUUGUGGACUUUGUUGGGCCAAUCCUCCAUACAAGCUCUUAUAAAAGCGGUGAAAUGUUUAGAGAGAAAAAGGUUUUGGUCGUGGGAUGUGGAAACUCUGGGAUGGAAGUUUGUUUAGAUCUUUGCAACUUCAAUGCUCAUCCUUCUCUAGUGGUUCGUGAUACGGUGCACGUAUUACCUCAAGAAAUGCUGGGUCUAUCGACUUUUGGGAUAUCCACGAGCCUUCUCAAGUGGUUUCCAGUGCAAGUGGUGGACCGGUUUUUGCUACAUAUGUCACGAUUGGUUCUUGGCGACACGGAUCGGUUAGGGCUAGUUCGACCAAAGCUAGGCCCUCUUGAACGCAAGAUCAAGUGCGGAAAGACUCCGGUUUUGGAUGUUGGCACUCUUGCUAAAAUCCGAAGUGGAGACAUCAAGGUGUAUCCGGAGUUGAAACGGGUAAUGCAACAUUCGGCAGAGUUUGUUGAUGGGAGAGUGGAUAACUUUGACGCCAUUAUACUUGCUACGGGUUACAAAAGCAACGUACCCAUGUGGCUAAAGGGAAUGAACAUGUUUUGUGAGAAAGAUGGAUUUCCGCGUAAACCCUUUCCUAACGGUUGGAAAGGCGAAAGCGGAUUGUAUGCAGUCGGUUUCACAAAGCUUGGGUUGCUUGGUGCAGCCAUUGAUGCCAAGAAGAUCGCUGAGGAUAUUGAUGUUCAACAAAAAUUAUUAACCUUGGGUCGUCCUCAACAUUGUUAACCUGAGAUUCUGGUUUCGAUUUGGCAAAGUAUGAAUUUGAUUAUCUAGAAAAGUAGAGAGGUAGUAGUGGUGCAUUUAUGUAAGGUUCCUAACUCUUUAAUUGUGACAUAUGAGAGUUAGAAAGCAGGGUUAGAUCAACGUUAGGUCAAAGAUUUUUGGAUUUUUAGGAAGAAAAGAUUAGAUCAUGGUCCACCUCUGUAUCUAUUUAGUUGGUUUUGUGUAUGUUUUGCCUUUUUUUUUUUCCUGUAAACAAGAUAAAUAUUUAAAUAUGAUAAUUGAAGUAA